AUGAAUACACCUGCCAUCGACCACGCUCUUCUUACUCUGAUACCUGCGACAUCUGAACAAGCUCGACUCGUGAGGAAGAACACCCUGAGUUGGUUCGGCAAGUGGGAUAACCUAACAUCAACGGAAUGGGAACAUCAGGAUGAGAAGAUUGUGAUUGAUUCUCAGAGCGGCUUGGAGCACAAACGGAUGACUACGUGGCUUCUCGUUCCCCGCUCUUCAAUCUUGCCGACUUGUCCGAUCACGUCAUCCGCAGGUUCAGACACGAUAUACUCUCAUUUCGAAACAUAUCGUCUGCCAGCCGUUUUUUCUUCUUCAACUUCGUAUGAUACCCCUCAACAUACAUCGGUAUAUGCAAUAGGUACGGUUUGGACUCCAGAACAGCACCGACGGAAGGGGUACGCCCGGCUUGCUCUCCAGCUAGGACACUACGUGCUGGGCGCAUCGCAGUACCUGCCUUCUUUUCCAGAAGAGUGGGGUUCACCUCCGCCUAUCGUUUUAGGUGAUGCUGCCGCUAGCGUCCUUAACAGCGAUAUUGGGACCAAGUAUUACGAGUCUUGCACAAUCGGAACGGACCAACCCGGAUGGAAAGAGCAAGGUAGUACGAUUACCGAAUGGGAUUUGCGAGACCUGAGAUGUCAAGUGGCUGGACCUGACAUAGAAGGUUGGAAUUGGAUAUCCUCGCUGGAGGCACUGCAAGGUUCAGCCAGCGUUGCAGUGGAUGAGGCAGUGAAACAGCACGAGCGCGCAAGCGGUGAUUCGAGAGUGACGAUCUUACCGACCAGUGAUAUCAUCAGCGGGCACCACAACCGAUUGCUUCUUCGUCCGCCAUUCCCUCCCGAAUACCCGCCAGCUCGACCCACCGCAUUCGCAGCUUUCAAUGCGGAGGGCGGUUCGUUAUUCGUCUACUACCCUAGCACCAGCGCUGUUUCUUAUCCACCUUUCGAGAAAAAGGGCAAGACACUAUGUGUUGCUCAAAUGGUCGGUGAUAUACCUUGGAAAGUAAUUCAGGAAACCGCUGCAAGGGAAGGUUGCCAGCGCCUUGAAGUGUGGGGCAAAUUUGAGCCACCUUCGAGCUGGCCGACUGGGGCCGUAUCUGAUAGAGGCGAUCUAUAUAGCAUGAUGGCGUGGUAUAGACCGUUACAGACAGGCGAGAAGAACGCAGUAUGGCUUGGAAAUGGGAUGUGGAUCCCUUGCCGUACAUGGAACUAUCAACGAGUCCUGGCAGAACGAGACGAUACCAAGGAAUGGCUGUAA